AUGCCAAAUAGAGGAAUUUUAAGACAAUGUCUUCGUUUAACAAUGACAACAGCUGUUCGUCAUUGUAUGGAAUGUCAAAAUGAUCUUGAUGAAAAUAUUGAAAAUUUACAUGCAAUAUUUACUAAAAAUCCUCAAUCAGUUUUACAAGGUAUUAAUAUUCAACGUUUACGUGCCUUUAUUUAUCGUGAUGUGGUAAGACAAAAUCGAAAUGAAGCUGGCAAAAAACGUUGUCAUUAUCGUGGUUCAAUAAUGGAUGGUACUAUUGAUACAGCUAGUGUAAAUGGUUUAAGUUCAAUUAAAAAUUCAACUGAAACAACAACAUGUGAUGAUCGAACAGAUAUAGGAAAUGAAACAGAUAAAGCAGAUUUACAAUCAACUAAUCGAAAAUCUGUAGAUUUAAAUAGUGUAGGAACUGUAACUUCUCAAUACGCUAGUAUACCAAUAAUUGAUCCAACAACAAUUGAUCAAUGUCGAAUGUCAAAAUCUAAACUUCCAGAUUAUCCAAAAACAAAUUUCGAUAGAAAUGAACCAUCAGUAAUGAAUAUAAUCGAAAAAUUAGAACGAACAUUACCAAACAUAGCACGAUUUUUACGUUAUAUUUUUACUAAAUUUUCACAUAUUCUUACAAAAAAAUUAAUUGGUUCACAUGGACAAGAAUUAUUACCUAGUGAUUUACAUGCUUUGAAAGAAACAGCAUCUGUUGUUGAACUUAUUAUAAAACAUGUUGGUUUAACUUUUAUUGAACUUGUUCAUGAAGGAUGUUUACUUGCUCAUAUAAGUAAAGAUCUUGUUGUAAAAGUUGCUAAUAAAGCAGAUUUUAUUCUUAAUCGUAUGCGUGCCGAAGAUAUUCGAAAAGCUAGUGAAUUUGAAUAA